AUGAAAGCAGGAGCUAAUUCAGGACUAUUUCAGGACUCAUUUCUGCAGUCCAUUGCAGCAAGCGAAGGUCCCACCUCGAUCACAACCGCUAGCUCCUCCGCACCUUUGAGUUUGAAAGCUAGGACACGCCUGUUUUCCUGGAAGCUCAGGCAAAAGCUAGGCGGCUCUAGAAGCUUUUUAGCCACGGGUAUAUGUUGGAUAAAAGAGCCGCUUCCUUGUUGUGACGCAAAUGAAUCGACGUCAUCUCUGAGUGAUCUUCCUCAACGAGUGAAAGCGACGCUGUACGGUGCGUCAGGGAUCAACAAGGCGUUGGGCGAGGGGACUACUACCCGAUCAACCGUUAACAAUCAGCUUCUUCGCCUUAAUGAGGUAAACUUCUCUUUCGCCGACUUUCCAUGCACUGGACGUCCACUAACGUCGACGACAGUUUGCGAAGUUUUUUGGAGCAGUUUCCGAACGCCAGGAUUUGAACGAUGGUUGCACAAAUUAGCGUUGCCAAGCGCGCCAUUAAGGUUCACCGUCAUGCUAAAAGCCACCGAAGUUCUGUCGAGAUGGGUAUCCUAUGCUUUGACCGAGACCCACUCAUGCGCCUCCCGGUUAUUGCUGCUCCGCUCGCGUCGAUCGGAACUUCCGCAGGACAUCGUCGCGAGGGCUAAGUCCUCUAUGACGAGAUGUCUGCUAGCUUCUCGACACCUUCCGUACCCGGUGAACAUAAUCGAAUCCACACCAGUAAAAGGUCCUACUCCGCUGCUUCUGGACUCUGGGGAAUGCUGUGAUAAGAGCUGCUGCCCGACGACCAGACGGUUGACGUCGAAGUUACACGCUGCAGCUUCGCGAGUUGACCGAGACGUGCCGCUGUAUACCUCCUGCACUACAUCCGACGCUGCUGCAUGUCACUUCUGCCUUCCCGUCCAAAUGGUCCUCCAUCGACUCUAUUCCCCAAACCUCGCUACAUUAGACUAUCUACUGUAUCAUCCCCUUAAACGUUCCCUGAAGCAUAAACCGUUCAAGUCUUUCACUAACCUCAAAUUCGCUGUUGAGUUGUUUUUCGACUCUCAGUCCCCAGCUUCUGGUGUCAGAGAAUUGUAA